UAAACAAUCAAUACAUACUCCCUAGAAAAUUGCUUCUUCUUCUUUAUCUUUCACUUCCAUAUAUAAUAGUAUAUUAUAUACAUAUACUACUACAUUCAAUCUCAAACAUACAUAUAUAAUAUAAUAUUAAUGCCUUUCAUGGCUCGAGAAGAAGCAGAUGAUUAUAACAACGAUGAAAUAUCAACAACAAGCAAAGGAAUAAGAUCAUCAUCAUCACCAGUAGCAGUCCAACAAUACCCAUUGGACUCAAACUCAUACAAAAUCGUCCAUGAGAUCGGAGCCGGCGUCAGUGCUGUUGUCUACAAAGCCAUAUGUUUGCCCAAGAACUCUGCCGUCGUGGCCAUCAAAUCCAUCGAUCUCGACAACAAGUCUCGUAGUGUCGAUUUUGAUAACGUUCGACGUGAAACGAAGAUCAUGUCACUCCUUUCUCAUCCCAACAUACUCAACGCUCACUGCUCUUUCAUGGUCGACCGUCGUCUUUGGGUGGUCAUGCCCUUCAUGUCCGCCGGCUCGCUACAAUCCAUUAUCGCUUCUUCUUUCCCCAACGGUUUGUCGGAGCCCAGUAUCGCCGUCGUUCUUAAGGAGAUACUAAAUGCAUUGUCGUAUCUCCAUGAUCAAGGCCAGCUCCACCGUGACAUUAAGGCAGGUAAUAUUCUUAUCGACGCAAACGGGUCCGUUAAGCUAGCAGACUUCGGUGUCUCCGCCUCAAUCUAUGAGUCAAACUCGAACCGUGGAUGGUCAAUGUCGUCGUCGUCGCUCACAGACGUGACCGGCACUCCGUACUGGAUGGCACCGGAAGUGAUUCACUCACACAACGGAUACGGAUUCAAAGCUGACAUAUGGUCUUUUGGGAUUACAGCAUUGGAAUUAGCUCACGGUUGUCCUCCAUUGUCUCACCUCCCUCUUUCCAAGUCUCUCCUCUUGAAGAUCACCAAGAGGUUUCGAUUCUCCGACUACGAAAAGCAGCACGACACCAAAAACAAAAACAAGCAGAGAUUCUCCAAGGGUUUUAAGGACAUGGUUGGCCUGUGCUUGAACCAAGACCCGGCCAAGAGACCUAGUGCUGAUAAGCUUUUGAAGCACCCUUUCUUUAAGAACUGUAAUAAAGGUCCUGAUUUUCUUGUCAAGAACAUUUUACAUGGCUUAUCUAGUGUUGAAGAAAGGUACAGCUUGGCCAAUACUAUUGCUACUACUACUCUUCAUCAUCACCGUGAUCAUGACGACGACGACGAAGAUGAUGAUGACGGUGGAUCUGGCAUAAGAGAGAAGCAGAGAAGGAUUAGUGGGUGGAACUUCAAUGAAGACGGGUUCAAACUCGAGCCAGUGUUCCCAACUCAGCCGAUUAAUGAAGAAGAAGAAGACGAUUCUGUUGUGAAACAGGUUCGUUUUGGUGGUGAAACCAUCAUUAGUAAAGCUAAUAGUAGCAAAGAAAAUGAUAUCAAUAUCAACCCUGGUUCAGUUGGCGAGUUUAGUGAGUCACAAGAUGGUAGUGGUUGUGUUGAUGAGUUAAUGGGCGAGUCAAGCCCGAGUUCAGCGGGUCAAUUAGUCAGAAUAAGUAGUAGUAGUGAAGUCAUCACAAAAGCUAUCGACCCUACUAGUUCAGUUGGCGAGUUUAGUGAGUCAUCACGGACGAGUUGUGGUGUUGGUGAGUUAGUGGGCGAGUCGAGGCCUAGUGAAAUUGGUGGUGGUGUUGAUAGGGAAAGAAUGUUGGAAGGUAUUGAGCUUAUCAGAAGGAGUGUGGAGGAAGAGAGGCGUGUAUUAAUGGAGGUUUUGAAGGUGUUGGGAUCAGCCGAUGAAGGUGGUCAUCAAGAUCAUGCGGUGGCGAUGAUUAGUAGAGAGGAGUACUUGGCGCAGACCAUUGAGAAGCUGAGAUGGGAGCUGGAGAUGGAGAAGAAUAAGAGCUUGGAUUUGGAAAUGGAGGUCGAGUUUCUCAACCAUCAGAUUUCUUCUAUCUCAAGUAAUAAUGAUUAUGUAUAAUUAUAUAUUAAUGUUUUCGAAAAGUUGAUGAACAUGUAAUAUUCUAAAUUAUUAUUACUUGCUUGUGUAUAAUAACCUGACCAAAACAAUUUUUUUUCUUUCUUUUUACAUGAUCACGUGGUUAUGAAUAUUUUAUAAUAGUUAUAAAAUUAAAAUAUGUGUUAUUAGAUUGCGCA